CCUGCAUGCUGCAAGAAUGGGCCCAAUAGAGGAAUGUUGAGGUUGUCGCCAGCGACGACAACCGGAAGACCAAUUCCCAAGCGGUAGCAGAUGAGCUGGAGAGAGACAUAGUCCACGUGAGACUUGUGGCACGGGAGAAACACAAUAGACUGCUUGUUCUUCGCAGCAGUCUCUGCUACGGAACGUAGACGCAGAACCUCUUCACUGGAUACGUGGAUACCCUGGUGAUAGGCUCGAGUCAGGAGUUGAGUGCACAUGUAGUAUGCGCCUCGAAUGAAGGUCUUGCUUUCCAUCUUGCAAAUCAUUUGGUCCAUCAUAGUAUCCACCACUUCACGAAGACCGCUCUCGAGCUCAUGUCGGCGUCGCGCUCGUUUCUCAUCCAUGUUUGCGCCUUCUUUAAUCGCAACCAAGCCUUCCUUUUCCUCCACGGAAAGCCGAGUACUGGCCAGCUCUCUGACCUUGUCCUGCAACAUUGGACUGGCCAGGAUGGCAGCUUUCAUCCUCUCGCCGAAGCCUGAGUAGAAGAUAGGUUGUCCAAUCACAUUAUCAUAUGCGCGCCAGCCGGUACCCGACAUGUACAAGCUCACUUCGCGAAGGAAAUCGAGGGGGUUUGCACGGAAUCGCGCCAUAUGGCGCACGAGGUUUCGUUCGGUAAUCGUGUCAUGUUGAGAAUCGGGCCCGCCCGUGAAGCCAGAGGGAUGAAUGGUGACCUGCUUGCCGACAAUUUCUAGGUCCGGGGCAGAAUGCUCGUCGCUGAUGGCUGAUUUGGGAGGCGCCAUGGUGGGUACAAGCCACAAGGAAGGGGAGUGGGGGGAGGGCCUUCCGAGGGGGUUAAAGUCGCUGUUGGUUCAUAGGUAGGAGAAGCACCGGGUCAUUGACAAAUAUAAGUUGAAACAGAACGGCAAGAUCUAGCCAGGAGAGGAGAGAUGAAGAGCGGGACAAGGCCAUAGCUCCAAAGUCCCAACAAAACGGACGAUCAACCCCGGAAUAUACUCCACGAGAUCACGGGUUCCCCGACCCUCUCUUAGCCUCGGCCGAAAUCACGUGUUGUGACGGGUUAAGUCGUGCAUCUCCGCUUGGCCGCGGACGUUGGAAGCUAGUGGGCUCCAGCUAAAAGCAGCAUCCGACCCCAUUUCGAUCAUCACCAUGUCCCGCUUGGUGAACGGCGUAAAGUCCUUCUCCACUGCGGCCUCUUCGCUACUUGCGGACGCUUCGGCGGCUGCCGCACGAUCGGCUCGUCAACCGACCUCGUUCCAAGUCUUCCGUGACGUACCUGAACUUCGCCAAUUGCGCCGGAAAUUAAUUCAAAAUGAUCGCACUAUCGGAUUCGUUCCCACGAUGGGCGCCCUUCAUGAAGGCCAUCUGUCGUUGAUUCGAGAGGCCGCCCGAGAGAACACUGACGUCUUCGUGAGCAUCUACGUCAACCCGACCCAGUUUGGCAUCAACGAAGACCUUUCAAGCUAUCCUCGCACUUGGGAUAGUGACGUCAAGAAACUAAAGAAACUCAAUGAAGAGCUCGGUAGUUUGGGUGCCGGCACGGGACGAAUUACGGCCAUCUUCGCCCCGACCUCGAAGGUCAUGUACCCUACAUUGCCACCUUCGUCGGAAAUCGACGGGCACGGCUCAUUCGUCACCAUCACACCUCUUUCGAGAAAGCUUGAAGGUGUCUCACGCCCGGUUUUCUUCCGCGGUGUUGCGACAGUCUGCAUGAAGCUAUUCAAUGCGACCACGCCUGAUCGUGUCUACUUUGGCCAGAAGGAUGUGCAACAGUCAGUGAUCAUCAAACGGAUGGUCAAAGACUUCCUCAUUGACACUGAGGUACGGAUUGUUGCAACUGCCCGCGAAGCUGACGGCCUGGCCUUAAGUUCCCGGAAUGUUUAUCUCGGAGCUCGCAGGCGGAUCGUGGGACUCACCCUUCACAAAGCCUUGAGUGCUGCAGUGGAGGCAUAUCAGGCAGGCAAGACCUCUCGUGAUGAUAUUUUGGGUGCUGCUCGCAGUAUUGCUGAGCGUGUACUGUCCGAGCAGCAAUCGCUCCCCCCGUCAGAGCGGGCGCUGUACGAAGUUGACUACAUCUCCCUCGCCGAUCCUGAGAGUUUGGAGGAGCUCGACCUCGUCGAUCCUAAGAAGGGGGCUGUUCUAAGUACUGCCUUUAAGAUGGCCCCUCUGGAGGAGACUAAGCCUGGAGAGGAUUGCGGUUUGGGAGAUGGAAAGGUUCCCGUACGGUUGAUUGACAACAUGAUUCUUCAACCUCAGGCUUAACGGGCAGACCAACUGCAUGGUGACAUUUGUAUAUAUACACCUGCUUCUCAUUUAGCGUAAAAAGCACAAUUAAACAUUGGAUACACAUUUACCUCACAACGAGUG